AUGGCCUCUGUACUGAAGGCCGAAGAUGGUGCUUGGCAUGGCUUGAUAGAAUCAAACGGGGAGUUUCCACCAGAAAAAGGACGAUACCAUCUCUACAUUGGCCUCUUUUGCCCCUUCGCACAUCGCGCAAACCUUAUCCGACACUUGAAGGGACUGACUGACAUCAUUGACAUCUCCAUCGUCAAGCCAUACCCGAAGGGUGAUGACAAGGGAUGGCCAGGAUGGAAAUUCCCUACAGGUGAAGAUCCCUACGAGGGUUCCACCGAAGACCAUCUAUUUGGAAGCAAAUACCUGCACGAAGUGUAUUUCAGAGACAACAAGGAUUACAAGGGACGAUACAGCGUUCCAGUGUUAUGGGACAAGAAGACCAAUCGAUUAGUCAACAAUGAGAGCCUGGAGAUACUUCGAAAUUUCAACACUGGGUGGAAUUCUAUUCUGCCCGAGGAGUACAAGAAAGUAGACUUAUAUCCCGAGAUACUGCGGAAGGAGAUUGAUGAGGUGGGGCAGUGGAUGCAGGCAAACUUGAAUACCGGUGUCUAUAAAGCUGGGUUUGCUCCAAAUCAGGCAACAUACGAUGAAAAUGUAGUACCGGUAUUCCGAGCACUGAAUCGGUUGGAGGAAAUGCUGUCAAAGAAUGGAGGUCCAUAUGUCCUAGGACUACAGCUGACUGAACUGGAUUUGCGGCUCUACCCAACACUGAUCAGGUUCGACACGGUUUAUGUCCAACAUUUCAAGUGUAAUUUGGGAACUAUAAGACACGACUACCCAUUUUUAAAUGAGUGGAUGAAGAAUUUAUACUGGAACGUACCUGGAUUCAAAGAGACGACGGACUUCCGGCACAUCAAAGAGAAUUAUACCAAAAGUCACACUCAUAUCAAUCCGAAGGCGAUUACUCCUAUGGGUCCGAUACCGAAUAUUGAAAGUGGGGUUGAAAAGGAUUGGAGCAAGAUAAAAGCAGGAGGAGUUAAACUGCCUGCUUAG